AUGCGGGGCCGGCGUAGCUUCGACCCGCCGCGCGUCCGGGUCGUCGCGCAGGCCGCUGCAGGCACCAAGGCGCAGAAGGGACCUACCAGGCCAGAGGAGAUCAAGGGAUCAGGAACCGUUUUCCUCGUGCAACCUGAGGGCCUGCUGGGCGCGCGGAUGGCCGUGACGCUCCUGGGGGCCGGCUUCAAGGUCAAGGGCGGGUGCACGGACCCGGAGCGCGCCCAGCGCGCCUACAACGUCGCCAGGAAGUUCGGACUCAUCGAGAGUUCUGUUUCGAAGAACUUCGAAGCCGCCGUUCUUGACCCCGUCGACCCCGAGGACGUCGCGGCCGAGGUCCCGCGCAACGCCACCGUCAUCGUCGUCGCGGGCGACGACGUCGGCGGCCGCCGGUCCGACAUCUCGUUCCGCUACGCCGAUCAGAUUGUCGCGGGCGCCGCACAGGCGGGCGCCAGGGCCGUGAUCCUCGUCGCACCGAUCGACGGGCCCGUCCGCUCGCCGGGCACGCGCAGCCUCCUCGCCGGCGCGCUCAGCUCGGGCGGCGCGCGGGGCGCCAAGGCUCGCUUCGAGGCGCUGUGUGCGCAGUACGACAUUCCGUUCUCCGUGAUCGGGCACGGCGUGCUGGACCGCGUCGAGGAUGAGUACCUCUUCGAGUCCGACAUCUGCAUCGCGCCGCCGGGGUCGUACGACGCCCGCACCGCCGUCGCGCGCAGCCAGGUCGCGAGGGCCGUCGCGGCGGCGCUCGCCUUCGGUGGGACGCCGGUGCCGUCGAUGGAGGUCGUCGCCGUCGGCGUGGAGCCCGGGAAGAAGGAGGAGCUCCUCGCGGACCAGAUCGCGGUCGUGCAGGCCGCGGCGCGGGCCGCGGAGAUGGCGGCGGAGGACGAGGACACUGACGAGAUCGAGCCUGCGCCGGAGGGCACGGUGCCGGUCGCGGGCACGCUCAGCAUGCGCCGCGCGGCGCGGGUGCUCCCGGGGCAGCAGGCUGCCGCGCAGGACGCGGGCGACGAGGAGGACAGCGCCGCGCCCGCUCAGAAGAAGAAGGGCACUGGUUUCUUCGGGUUCGGGUCGCAGAAGACGGCCCCUGUAGUUGAGGAGGAGGAGGAGGAGGCGGAGGCGGAGGAGGAGGAGGCGGAGGCGGAGAGCGCCGCGCCUGCGCCGAAGGCGCGGGGAAGCGGGUUUUUCCGGUUUGGGUCGCAAAAGACAGCACCUGUUGUUGAGGAGCAGGAGGAGGAGGCUGAGGCCGAGGAGGCGGGCGAGGAGGCGGCCCCGGCUGCGAAGAAGCGUGACACGGGGCUGUUUGGGCGGGACUUCGUCAUCGGCAAGGGCGUGGCCCGCAAGGCCACGCCUGCGUCUGGCGGCGAGGCUGACGUGGCGGAGGACACCCCCCCUGAGGCCGCGGAGGAGGCGGAGGAGGGUGCGAAGCCGCGUGGGACGGGGCUGUUUGGUUUUGGGCGGGCGGCGCCGCGUGCGCCGGCGGCGAAGAAGGAGCCGGAGCCGGAGUCGGCGGGGGGGGAGUCGGAGGAGGCGACGGGGGGCAGUGAGAUCGAGGCGGAGCCGGUGCGGACGAAGGCGCGGCGGAACCGGAGCGGGAUGACGCGGGCGGAGCUCGUGGCGCAGUACCAGCAGCGGGAGGCCGAGGCCAGCAAGAACAAGCUCUUCUGA